GUGCUGAUCGAUUGUUGCUCAGAUCUACUACUCCCCCAUCCUGGCCAUACCCAUGGUGGAGCAGUAAUUUGAUUCCACCACUACUAGUAGUAGUAGUAAGGAGUAAUAUCGAUCGAUCAUGGCGGAGGACAGCUUCGUCCUCCGCUCCGGCGUCCGCACCGGCCUCAAGCGCGAGUUCGCCUUCGCCAUCGCCUCCCAGGCCGCCCUCUCCACCCUCGGCCGCACCCGCUCCCGCUCCUCCUCCUCCUCCUCUCCUCCCGUCCCCAAACGCCCUCGCCCGCGCCCAUCGGAUCCCCCUGCUCCCGUUCCUCAGACGCCCGACCCUGACCACCACAAGGACCCCUCCUCGCCCAGGGCCAGGCGGAUCACGCGCUCCAUGCUCCAUGCUCCCCUUCUGGAUCCCAAGCUUGACCGCCGCUUCACCAGGUCACUGUUGCUCAAGGAUGAUAAGGACUUGUCUGCUACUACCACCACCACCUCCUCUUCUUCACCUUCCUCCUCCACCACCACCACCACCACCACCACCAAGAUGGAGCUCAAGAUGUCCAAGAAGAUCUCCUUGAGCAGGAUCCCUAAGAACCUCAAGGAGCUGCUCGCCACUGGCUUGCUCGAGGGCCAACCCGUCAAGUACAUCAUGAGGAAAGGCAAGCGAGCGGUGCUUCGUGGAGUCAUUAAACGUCUUGGCAUACUGUGCUCUUGUUCCUCCUGCAAAGGCCGAACUGUCGUUUCACCUUAUUAUUUUGAGGUGCAUGCCGGGAGUACUAAAAAGCACCCCUCCGACUACAUUUUCCUAGAAAAUGGAAACAAUCUGCAUGAUAUAUUGAGGGCAUGUUCUGAUGCUACCUUGGACAUGUUGGAAUCUGCAAUACAGAAUGCAAUUGGCCCAGCUCCUAAGAAGAGGACAUUCAGAUGCCAAGCUUGCAAAAGUUCAUUCAGUACGCUUCGCUCUGGGAAAUUUGCUUUGUUAUGUGAUUCAUGUCUUGAGUCCAAGGGAUCUCAAAACAGUACCAGGACAUCAAAUAUUGGCUGGAAUCCUACUUCCUCUGCUAGGAGAUCUAAGAAUGAAUCCCCAGGAGCAAAGUACCGCAAUUCAUCUGCUAGGGGAUCUAAGAAUGCAUCCCCGGGAGUGAAGACUACUAGUGCUGGAAGGAUUACAAGAAAGGAUAAGGGAUUGCAUAAGUUGGCUUUCAUGAGUGGUGUUCUGCCAGAGGGUACUGAUGUUGGCUACUAUGUUGGUGGAAAGAGGUUGUUGGAUGGCUACAUAAAGGAGAUUGGAAUCUACUGCCAUUGCUGCAACACAGUGGUUAGCCCUUCACAGUUUGAAGCUCAUGCUGGCCGUGCUGCUCGACGCAAACCAUACCAUAACAUAUAUAUGUCAAAUGGUGUUUCAUUACAUGAGCUGUCAGUUUCACUUUCAAGAGGUCGAAAUAUGUCAAACAGACAAAGUGAUGACUUGUGCAGCAUUUGUUCAGAUGGUGGGGAGCUUCUACUUUGUGAUUCCUGCCCAAGAGCUUUUCACAGAGAGUGUAUUGGCUUUACUACUAUUCCAAAGGGAAGUUGGUGUUGUCGGUAUUGUGAGAAUAGGCAACAGAGAGAAAGUUCUUUGGCGUAUAACCACAAUGCAAUAGCUGCUGGGAGGAUUGAUGGAAUUGAUCCAAUGGAACAAAUAUUUACAAGGUCCAUACGCAUUGCCACAACACCAGUGACUGGAUUUGGUGGGUGUGCACUGUGCCGGCUUCAUGAUUUCAGCAAAAAGAAAUUUAGUGUGAGAACUGUGCUGCUCUGCGACCAAUGCGGGAAGGAAUUUCAUAUUGGUUGCCUGAAAGAACACAAUAUGGCUGAUUUGACGGCCUUGCCUGAGGGAGCAUGGUAUUGUACGGCAGACUGCGUUAGGAUUAGCGAGACACUGAAGGACUUACUUAGCCAUGGAGCAGAACCUGUUCCUUCUGUGGAUGUAGAAAUUAUAAAGAGGAAGUAUGAAGAGAAAUCUCUAAAUAAAGAUGGUGGUCUUGAUGUUAGAUGGAGAAUUUUGAAGGACAAAAGUUCAGCGGAUAGUAAAUUGGUUCUCUCCAAAGCAGUUGCAAUUUUCCAUGAAUCAUUUGAUCCCAUUAUCCAAAUUGCUACAGGGCGAGACCUUAUUCCAGCCAUGGUUUAUGGGAGGAGUGUUAGGGAUCAAGACUAUACAGGAAUGCAUUGUGCUGUAUUAACUGUUGGCAACACUGUAGUCUCUGCGGGUCUUUUCCGUGUUAUGGGUAGUGAAAUAGCUGAGCUACCCUUGGUUGCUACAAGCAGAGAUAGUCAAGGCUUGGGGUAUUUCCAAGCGCUGUUUAGCUGCAUAGAACGAUUGUUGGCAUCUCUGAAGGUGAAACAUUUUGUGCUACCAGCUGCAGAUGAAGCAGAGUCUAUCUGGACACAGCGGUUUGGAUUUGUGAAGAUAACCCAAGACGAGUUGCGUGAGUACCUCAAGGGCGGGCGAACAACCGUAUUCCAGGGAACAUCAACCCUGCACAAGCUGGUCCCAAAUGGGAAUGCAAGCUCUGUGAAUACAGCAUUGGAGGGAGCAGAGAGCAUGAAGCCAGGAGGCAGUUCCUUGCCAUCCUGAUAUCAUGAAGCUUGGUGGAGAUAGGGAAGGGAACCCAAAGAGAAAAUUCUCCGUGGAAAUUAAUUGAUGGCUGCGUCCCUUUUGAUGGUGGAGGAAAGAAUGUCGGGAGGGUGUGAUUUCAGGAUGCAUUUUCUUGUUUUUUUCUUUUUUUCUUUCAUUUGCGGCAGGAGUUAUCUAUCGCCAUGUUAGUGUGGUUAGUCUAAUUAGCUAUUCAUCAUACUACAUGCAAUUGAUAGUUUUGUGGAUAA